UUUCAAAAUAAAAGCACGGCGGGACUUCUCGCAGCGUCUGCAUUGUCACAGCGUGAGAAUGUGCGCGUGAUGACAAUUUAGCUAAUGAGCUGCCUCGUGCUGACGUAACGUGAAGGUGAACACACGCUCGUGUGUUUUGUCCGGAGAGCUCGAGACACUUCUCACCACCACCACCGUCAUCCUCAGCAGCAGCAGCAGCAGCAGCAGCGUCAGACCUCCACCUGUCAGCUCCACACCUGAGGAGACAUGUCCUCCGUCAGCCUCCUCCUGCUCCUCCUCCUGCCGCUGCUCCCUCUGGUGUCAGCGCAGACGUAUCGCUGGGGUCCGUGUCCCACUCCUCAGGUGCAGCCGAACUUCAACCUCCAGCAGUAUCUCGGCCGGUGGUAUGAGAUCGCCAAGCUCCCCGCGUCCUUCGAGAGAGGAAAGUGCAUCGAGGCCAACUACGCUGUGAGGAAAGACGGCAGCAUUCAGGUGCUCAACUCUCAGUUCUAUAAAGACAAGGUGAGGACAGCAGAGGGGACAGCGGUGAUUCACGACCCGAGAGAAGCCGCCAAACUCGGAGUCAGCUUCUCGUAUUUUACUCCCUACGGCCCGUACUGGGUGCUGACCACCGACUACACCAGCCUGUCCGUCGUGUACUCUUGCACGGACAUCCUCCGCUUGUUCCACAUCGAGUUCGCCUGGAUCCUCGGCCGGUCUCGCUUCCUGCCUCCGGAGACCGUGAGUUACGCCAAGGAGCUGCUGAUGAACGAAGGGAUCGACCUGCUCAGGAUGAAGAACACGGAUCAGACGGGCUGCAAGGACAACUAGGGAUCCACGGAGACUCGUGAACCAGGCAUGGUCCAGUUCUCAAGUCUGAAGAUUUUUCACUGCUAGUUACAAGAGAGUGCAGUUUUUGACAAUAUAUCUAAAUCUUACAGUUGCUGCCUUAUAUUGUUUGAAUAAUUAUAAAGAUUUAAACACAAACACUUAUGUUUUUUGGUUCCCAUGCUUCACAAAACUGAAGUUAAAGAUCUUUUUCAGACCUUUUCUGUGCACAGAAACAUCAAAUUUCACUAAAAUUUUGAGCACAAAUUUGUUAAAAAUCUGUGUUACCGAGCACUUCGCCCAUCCCAAGAUAAUCCAUCUCCUUGACAGAUGAAACAGAAUGAUUAUUGCACAUUUGUCACAAUAAAAGUUUAAUUCAGCCCAUGAAAAAUAGGACCGAAAACCAAAAGUGUUUGUUGACCGUACAAUGAAUGCACUUAAGUCCAUCAUUUAUAUUUCAUCAUUUAAUUAAAAAGUUACCUCUUUUAAUCGAACAAACUUCAUAUUUGCAAUUAUUGGUUUAAUUUCCGUUAUUUUUCCAGCAGUGUCCUGCAGGUGUAACUGACAAACACUGAUUUAAUUCAGAGUGUGACAGAUACAACAACAUGUAAAGAUUCAGGGAGCGAAAUCUACGUUUGGUCAACUUUUCAGGAAGUGAAAUCAUUGUAUUCAUCGUUUAUCACUGUGUUGAUUUUUGUUAGAAAGUGUAAACAAGCCUGAGAAUGAGUUCUAUGUGUAUUAAAGCUGUAUUCAUUAAUCA